UGAAAGUUAUCAGUACCACACAAAGUACUGUACCUAUCAUUAGUAACCUUGAAGAUAUCAUUUUAUGGUUCAUCAUCAUUCUUCCAAGUUCUUUUUCUCUAAAGAAAACCGUAGAAAAACAUGUUUUCGCAUUGUAUUCUAGUUCUCACCUUUAUCGCACUAAAUAAAGCUAGCGACAUUGAAUUGUUGAAAAGCAUUAUUGAUAGUGUAGAAUAUGUUAAACAAUCAAAGGAAGUUUAUGCAGCUCCGAAAACGUCGUCUAGUCCUUUCGAAAUUUGUUACGGUGAUUUAGGAUGUUUUUCUAAAAAUGGGACUUUUAAACAUAUGAAAUGGCUUCCAGAGUCACCUAAGAAAAUUGGAACCAAAUUUGCACUUUAUACAAGAAUAAACCAUGAUCUUCCGGUAUAUCUCAAUUACGACGAUGAAGAAAGCUUAAAAACUCACUUUUUUAAACCAGACAGACCCACUAAAUUUAUUUGCCACGGCUUUACUCAGAGUGGACAGAGUCAGGUUUUUAUCGACAUGAAAAAUGCUCUUUUAGAAGUAGAAGACGUAAAUGUUAUUAUUGUAGACUGGAAUCGAGGUGCUGCUUUACCGUUUUAUUUAUCAGCGGCCGUUAAUACUGAAGUAGUAGGACGACAACUUGCUAAAUUGAUCUAUAAACUAAAAUACGUUCGCGAAUUAUCCGGAGAAAACAUUCACAUCAUUGGAUAUAGUCUAGGAUGCCAUUUAGCUGGUUUUACUGGAAAAACAUUGAGAGACAAAAUGGGUAUUAUUUUGGAAAGAAUAACAGGUCUAGAUCCCGCCAGUCCUCUUUUCGAAGAUGCUGAUGAAUCUGUCCAUUUGAGUUAUAAAGAUGCUUCUUAUGUCGAUGUCAUUCAUACAAGCGCAGGUGAUAGUAUAACUAGCGGUGAUUUAGGAAUAACCAAGCCAAUAGGACAUGUAGAUUUUUAUCCGAAUGGUGGGAAACGUCAACCUGGAUGCGAUAAAUUGGUAUGCAGUCAUCGUCGAGCUGGUCAGUUAUUUAUACAGUCCAUUUUGGACAAUUGUAACUUUUUGGCAUAUCCGUGCGAGGAUGGUUAUAAAGGAUUUCAAGAUGGAAAAUGCUUCAAUUGUAAAAAUAACUGCGGAAGAAUGGGAUAUUAUAGUAAUCCCAGUCAAGCUAGAGGAAGCCUAUACUUAGUAACUCGAGGAUUCCAGCCAUUCUGUGGUAAAAUGGUUCGUGUGAGUGUAAUUAGUUCAAUGCACCAAAAAACAACUUAUGGUGAAGUUGAAGUUAUUUUAGGCGGCCAACAUAAUAUGGAAGAUGUGAUUGCUCUCACUAAGUCUAAGGAUCAUACUAUCGAUUCUGGUAGCAAGCUGGGUGAUUUGAUAUCAGUUCACGAAGCUGUGUUUCCGUUAAAAACUGUGAAACUUAUGUAUAAAAAGUAUAGAGGAUGGUUUUCGGAUGGGAGCCAUACUUGGUCGAUUGAUUCGGUUACCUUGAGUGAUGUAAAUGGCAUUAUAUUCUCAUACUGUUCUCCUAAUACUACCUUGAUCAGUGAUGAAACUAUUGUGUUACAAGAAAAAGAAUGCAAGCUCUGAUGUAUUAAUGAAAUGUAUUUUGAAUAAAAUUUUUU